AUAUGACCAUAUCACAUUGAACUAAUAAAUUACUCUAAUUCCAUACCAUACCUCGAAUUCCUCUCUCUCUCGAUCGAAACCUUCUCUGUUGAAACACAAAUCAACCACCAUGGAUCAACAACCUCCCAACCCAACCGUCGAUGAAUCCAAGCCUGUCAAACCCGAUAACCCAUCUCCAGAUCCAGACCCAACCCCAAAAUCAUCGUCCGAACCUCACUCAAAAGACUAUGCUCCAUACCCGAAGCUAGACCCGAAUGACGUCAUUCCACCACCAGACCCCCUUCUCUCUGCUCCAUCUACCGCCACAACCAUGCCUUCUGAAUCCAACCCUUACGUGUCAGCCGCUCCUGCUCCCACGUCAUCCACCAAAAAAACUGUGGAUACAGUUAAAGAUGUGCUUGGAAAAUGGGGGAAGAGAGCUGCUGAAGCUUCUAAUAAGGCGCAGGAUCUUGCUGGCAAUAUGUGGCAACAUUUGAAAACUAGCCCCAAUGUUGCUGAUGCUGCCGUUGCAAGAAUUGCUCAGCAAACAAAAGUUAUUGCUGAAGGUGGUUAUGAGAAGGUGUUCAAGCAAACUUUUGAAACUCUUCCAGAGGAGCAACUUAAAAAGUGGUUUGCUUGCUACCUUUCAACAUCCGCUGGUCCAGUCAUGGGCACUCUAUACUUAUCAACAGCAAAGCUUGCUUUCUGCAGUGACAAUCCUCUGUCAUACACAAAUGGUGACAAGACUGAAUGGAGCUACUACAAGGUGGUUAUUCCAUUGGAGCAGUUGAAAGCAGUUAAUCCUUCAACAAGCAAAGUAAACGCUGCUGAGAAAUACAUUCAGAUAAUCUCAGUUGACAACCACGAGUUUUGGUUCAUGGGGUUUGUAUACUAUGACAAUGCCGUGAAGUAUCUGCAAGAAGUAUUACAGGCACAGAGCUCUUAGUAAAUGUGAAACUAAAGACUGUUCAGCGAAGAUCAUGUCGUUGUAGAUAAAGGUUUGUGCAAAAUUUGUUGUAUCCGACGAUAAGAAUUAUAUUCAUAAUUGUGUAUUGCUGAUGGGGUUUGUACAAUAUUUGUAGUUGCCCUAAUAUUUAAUUUAAGAAGCUUGAAUAUCUGGUUAUAUUUCGCAUGAGAGUAGCUGUUGUUUCAGUACUCACUGGUCGUAUUGUUUUGUGAAAAUUCUUGUAAUAAAAAUAAUCGUUAUGCUUC